GGCAAGUGGUCGGCGAAAUGUUAGAGAUGUCUCGGGUUGUCUUUGCAUGAUUUAAGUUCGUUCGAAUCGAAAUUUACUGAAAUCUGAAAAAAAGAUAAUGAAAGGUUGUAUAUACAACGUUGUAUUGUCCAUCGAGUGUACUUGCAAUGUUGUUUUGAAACGCAUAACGUUAAUACCAAGCAAGACUACCAAUUGAAUGAAUGGACAACAACUAGCUAAGCUAACGUUAGCUAAUAGCAAAAGGAGACGCUAAACGUUACAACUUACGUAAAUUACAAUUUCACGAACAAGGUUAUUGGAGCAUAUAAAGUUAGCUGCCUAACAGAUGUUGCUGGCUACAUAUCCUACGUUUUGGUACAGCUAGUGGCGAAGAGUGGGAGGUAUAAAAAGACCGAUUUGCUCCGAUACAGUGCUGUUCUGCAUUUGGCUAACGACGCAAGUUUAGCUAUUCUGUUUUUAGAACUAGAGAGAAAUAUGGAUACCAGUAUCUGUUUUCUCAAAUACGAGCUGGCCGCCACCAUUGAACAAGCAGUGAGGUGCGCCGUAGAGACAGUCUUGAGGGAAACGUCUAGAGUGGUGGACAGAAAACUGGCCGCAGCUCACACUGCAGCUGCCGAAUCUCACCGAGAGAACAAGACUUUGAGAGAGAGACUUGAGAUGAAGGAGAGUGAACUGAAGGCUGUGCGAUACUACAUGACUGCGGCCGAGAAGAACAUCAAACAGUGCUUACUUCUCGAUCAAAACCAAACACUUUCUCACACAAUAAACCCACGAACGGAAGAUCCUGUCUUUCUGUUACCCCCUGCCUCCCCUGAUGUACUGCCAGUCACGCUCAGCACCGGAGGCUCCUCUCGUAGGUCAGUCAAAUCUUUUCGAAGCUCUGCACGGGCUCAGCUGUCCAAGUCUUUCCCCAGUGUUGGCCUCUGUUUACCGACAGUCCAGACAGAUUGGGUCAGAAGUAGUUUCAAUCGGAGGAGGAUACGAUCAUCCUUAAAUCAAUCCUUGCUGCCAAACCAACGUCAAACUACCCAUGCCACAACCGAGUUGCGCACAGAACCUGAGCUGUUGCGGACAAUGGAGGACACCGAGAAUCAGUUCUACAUCACAGCAGAAGGCGCUUCAGAGAAAGAAUACACUGGGAUAGUAGAAGGAGAGGAAGGUGCUGGGAUGUAUCAGCAGGAGGAGCAGGAGGCAGUAGCUAUUCGUGAGGAGGAGGAGACGGACAUGACUCAGUUUGAGUUUGAGAUGGGGUCCCCACCAGCAGGCCAUGUGAAUGAGCUGGGUGUGAUCCGUGUCCUAGAGGAUGGGGAAGAUGUGAAAGAGGGGGCCAUCAAAAUCGAGGAGGAUUCAGACCCUGCUCUGGAACCUGUAUCUGAAUCACCACCUACAGUCCAGCAGCAUACCUCCCCCCCUGCUGCUGGUACCAACAGCACAAGCCUCAACGCUGUCUUCCCACAAUCCUCGGGGGAGAACCAGGACCUGGUGCCAGGGCAGAUGGAGCUUCAGCAGCCCCAGAGCCCUGACAAGGUCCACCGCUGCAAUGUGUGCGGCCGCGGAUUCCGCCGCUUCUACAGUCUGAAGACCCACCAGCGCAUACACACAGGGGAGCGGCCGUACCCUUGCAUGUUCUGCGAGAAGCGCUUCCGCCACCUCGAUAGCCUCCAGAAGCACCAACGCAUCCACACGGGAGAGAGACCCUACCGCUGUGCCCAGUGUGACUGCUGCUUCCGUGAGCUUGGACAUCUGAAGAAGCACCGGCUCACUCACUCCCCUGCUCCCACUGGGGCCCUCCCCCCACUCCAAACUCUCCCCACAACCAGUGCAUACACCUGGCCCCACCUCGCCUCACAGUCCCUCGACACCACUGAAAACAUGUAGGGGGGUUGUGUAUGAAUAAUAUAUCAAUGGCUUGUUGUUCCAUUGCCUUCAAACAUAUACCUUAAUUCUGUUGAAUAAUUUAUCAUCUUCUGGUAUUGUCCCUUUAUGUGUCCCGAAACAUGACAACUGAAAAAGUUAAUUAUUUUGGAUGAUAGUUGGUAAAAUGAUUGGCUCUGGGACACACCUGAAAUUGUGCAGUUAUCUAAAAAAAUGUUCUCAUUUGACUUAAGUCAUUUUGUUUAAACAGGCCUUUACGCAGGCCACUUGGUGGAGGCCAAAUGUGAUGGCGAUGCACUCGGCUGACUUCAACUUCUAUUCCUCCAUUUUUGCAGAUAUAUAUAGGUCGACUUAAAAUGCUCAAUCAUACAUUUCAUCCAUUCCUGUUACUAUAUACACCCUGCAGUUUUACCAGAGCAAUUGAUUGAGCAUGCAAUAAGACAAUUCAACAACACCACUUCAUUGCAUCCAGCUCUAAAAAUGUAUCUGGUCUUUUCUCUGGUACACAUUUCAUAUAUCGACAGAACACAGCACCUGGAACAUUUUAAAGAUCAACUGGUCAUAUUUUUAAAGAAUACAGUUUUUUUUUAUUUUAUAUAGCAAGACUAACCAAGGGAGAGUUUACACAAAAUAAUACCGAAGUGAAUGCUCUCCUGGUAUUCCACAACAGGGCCAGAAUAGUAUAUCUACACACUGCUUUUAAGUACAGUGCAUCCGGAAAGUAUUAACAGCGCUUCACUUUUCCCACAUUUUGUUAUGUUACAGCCUUAUUCCAAAAUGGAAUAAAUUCAUUUUUUUCCUCAAAAUUCUACACACAACACCCCAUAAUGACAACAUGAAAGAAGUUUUUUUUAUAUUUAAUUUUUGCAAAUUUAUUAAAAAUAAAAAACUAAGAAAUCACAUGUACAUAAGUAUUCACAGCCUUUUGAAGCUCAAAAUUGAGCUCAAGUGCAUCCUGUUUCCACUGAUCAACCUUGAGAUAUUUCUACAGCUUAAUUGGAGUCCACCUGUGGUAAAUUCAGUUGAUUGGACAUGAUUUGGAAAGGCACACACCUGUCUAUAUAAGGUCCCACAGUUGACAGCACAAACCAAGCAUGAAGUCGAAGGAAUUGUCUGUAGACCUCCGAGACAGGAUUGUCUCGAGGCACAAAUCUGGGGAAGGGUACAGAAAAAUUUCUGCUGCUUUGAAGGUCCCAAUGAGCACAGUGGCCUCCAUCAUCCGUAAAUGGAAGAAGUUUGGAACCACCAGGACACUUCCUAGAGCUGGCCGCCCGUUUAAACUGAGCAAUCGGGGGAGAAGGGCCUUAGUCAGGGAGGUGACCAAGAACCCGAUGGUCACUCUGUCAGAGCUCCAGCAUUCCUCUGUGAAGAGAGGAAAACAUUCCAGAAGGACAACCAUCUCUGCAGCAAUCCACCAAUCAGGCCUGUUUGGUAGAGUGGCCGGACGGAAGCCACUCCUUAGUAAAAGGCACCUGAAGGACUCUCAGACCAUGAGAAACAAAAUUCUCUGGUCUGAUGAGACAAAGAUUGAACUCUUGCGUGAAUGCCAAGCGUCACGUUUGGAGGAAACCAGGCACCGCUGAUCACCUGGCCAAUACCAUCCCUACAGUGAAGCAUGGUGGUGGCAGCAUCAUGCUGUGGGGAUGUUUUUCAGCGGCAGGAACUGGGAGACUAGUCAGGAUUGAGGGAAAGAUGAAUGCAGCAAUGUACAGACAUCCUGGAUGAAAACCUGCUCCAGAGCGCUCGACCUAAGACUGGGGCGACGGUUCAUCUUUCAGCAGGACAACGACCCUAAGCACACAGCCAAGAUGUCAAAGGAGUGGCUUCAGGACUGCUCUGUGAAUGUCCUUGAGUGGCCCAGCCAGAGCCCAGACUUGAAUCCUCAGAUUGAACAUCUCUGGAGAGAUCUGAAAAUGGCUGUGCACCGACGCUCCCCAUCCAACCUGAUGGAGCUUGAGAGGUGCUGCAAAGAGGAAUGGGCGAAACUGCCCAAAGAUAGGUGUGCCAAGCUUGUGGCAUCAUAUUCAAAAAGACUUGAGGCUGUAAUUGCUGCCAAAGGUGCAUCAACAAAGUAUUGAGCAAAGGCUGUGAAUACUUAUGUACAUGUGAUUUCUUAUUUUUUUUAUUUUUAAUAAAUUUGCAAAAAUUUCAAAUUAUUUCAUGUUGUCAUUAUGGGGUGUUGUGUGUAGAAUUUUGAGGAAAAAAAUGAAUUUAUUCCAUUUUGGAAUAAGGCUGUAACAUAACAAAAUGUGGGAAAAGUGAAGCGCUGUGAAUACUUUCCGGAUGCACUGUAUAAUCAUGUGGAACCUUGCUUGGCAUGUCCUCAGUGCCAAACAAUUUGAUUGCUUCCAUUAACCUUCAAACCGGUUCAGCCAGAGGUCACUGGCCACCUGAUUACAGUAGUAGUAGUGUUAGAUCACAGGCAGAACCUUGCUCUUGAAGCAGAAUCAGACGUUUUAGUUUCUUUGAAUCACUGUAGAUGUCAUGCUUGCCAGUUCUGACCAACCUAGUGAUAGGAUAAUGUUACUUGCAAUUCUUGUGUAGAAGCCUUGGGUGACACACGUCAUAUUACCACAUUUUAAGGCAUACUAUGCAGGAUUUUCAGCUUUGAAAAACUAUGAUGCAAGCUGUCUUUGCGCACAUUUUCCAAAUCUGUGCUCCUCUCUCUGAAUUUCUAAUUCUAAAAUCUGUUUGUAGCUACAGUGCUGUCCACAAGCAUUUGGACAGUGAGAUGAUUUUUGUAGUUUUGGCUCUACUACAGUAGAUUUGGAAUUAAAUAAUGAAUAUGAAGUUAAAGUGGAGACUGUCCACUCUAUACCAGGUGAUCUGUGUAUGAAUUACACCCCUUUUAAUACAUAGUCCCCCUGUUUUAGGGAUCUAAAAGUAAUUGGACAACUGGCUGCUCAAAUUUUUCUUGGCCAGCUGUGUGUCGUUUCAUUAUUAGUUCAUGUACAAGGAUGUAAAAUCAAGGAUGUAAAAUAAAAUAUUAAAUUUGAGGUGAGUGGGCUGGGUUGGGGAUGGAGGAGACAUGAGCUCAGUACCACAACAAGGCUUGAGUAGUAUGCCUUUAAAUUAAUUGGUAAGAUACUGCUUGUACAUGAUACAAGUGUACCCCAAGUAAAUUGCCAGGGCCCAAGCAAUCUAUGUAUAGUUCCAUUCAGAACAGGGAGGCAAUAACAAAAAAAUCAUUGAAACAAAAAACCUUUACAGUCAGUGGAGUUAGGAGAAUCUUUUGUGCAGAAGAGGGACUAGGGCUGCUCGUCCCCUUCUUUAUUUCGGCAUCAUAGUGGUGUGUUGAAUACUGCAGUACAUAGUAUAUUGACAAAUAUAGAAUAUUCAAUUUUGUCCAAGUGCCUCAUCUAAGGCCAUCUGUGAAGAACAUCAUUCCUCAUUUGUGUGGCGUUUGAGGACAGUUCAUAAAACAGGGUAGGCACACUCACUGCAGUGAGCAAAGAUAAGAGGAAGGAGAACAGUGUGCUUUUAUCUCUGUGACUUUGUCUCUUCUGUGGGAUAUCAUUAAUUGUUUUGAUGGGAAACCCAUGGCUUGUGUUUGAAAAAUAAAGUAGAGAUUGUGCAUUAA